GCAUGUAGUAGGAGACUGCAGAGUCUGGAGGAACGCCACCUGUGGUGUUUGAGGGUGAAGUUGUGAGUUCCAGCUGAUGCUAAAGCAAAACCUGCUUUUCUUGAAGUGAAGAAUUCUCUUGAAGAACAAAGUAAACAAGGAAAGCUCUGAUCAAUUCUGGACACUUUAGUGAUUUUUUUUAAAUGUUUUCUGCUGUGAAACGUUGCAAGGUUUGAACUUUUUUUUUGCCUCAACACACACUUUUUUUUGCCACUAUGAACCGUCCUGCUCCAGUGGAGAUUACUUAUGAGAGUAUGCGCUUCCUGAUUACCCACAACCCAACCAACGCAACCCUCAACAAAUUCACAGAGGAAUUGAAGAAAUAUGGAGUGACAACCUUGGUGCGGGUCUGUGAUGCUACCUAUGAUAAAGCACCCGUUGAAAAAGAAGGAAUCCAAGUUCUAGACUGGCCGUUUGAUGAUGGAGCCCCGCCCCCUGGCGAGAUUGUGGACGACUGGCUCAACCUGUUGAAAACCAAAUUUCGUGAGGAACCUGGCUGUUGUGUGGCUGUACACUGUGUUGCAGGGCUGGGAAGAGCCCCAGUUCUGGUCGCCCUUGCUCUCAUUGAAUGUGGAAUGAAGUACGAGGAUGCUGUGCAGUUUAUCAGGCAGAAGAGGAGGGGAGCUUUCAAUUCCAAACAGCUGCUUUACCUUGAGAAAUACCGGCCGAAGAUGCGAUUACGCUUCAGAGAUGCCAACGGCCACUGCAUCGUGCAGUAGAAGGGGAGGCCCUCCGUGAAGUCGUCUUGAUGCCGUCGUGGCUGUCCUUCCGGACUUGUGGAACCUGAAAAUGUAACUCUGGAAUUGAACGACAUCUUCGCCGUGGCAGUGGGGUCGGUGCUCCUCAGCUGUUGUCCUAAUGAUGAUGAUUGUGAUAAAAAAAAUAAAAUUGAAACGAAACAUUUCAGUGAAGGAUUGUCUUCUCAUGUCGCAGUCUAAUCAUCUGCCAAGAGAAAGAGUUCUUUGAACCUUCUGUAUUUUUAACUUUUUGGAGGAAAAAACCCCCCUAAUAAAAUCAAUUUUAUGUCUCAAGAAAAACAA